UUCCGCAUUCUUCGUCAGAUAACAGUCGAGAGGAAAAUUACACAAAACAUGGCAGACGCAAGCGAUGUUCCCGCCACCCCGGCCAAGAAGACCCCCAAGAAGAAGGCAGCAGCCAAGCCGAAGAAACCAGCUGACCAUCCUAAAUACAUCGACAUGAUUGUCUCUGCGAUCAAAGCACUAAAGGAGAGAAAAGGAGCCUCACGACAAGCCAUUGUCAAGUAUGUACAGGCCAACAACAAAGUCGGCAACGACACGGCAAAGGUCAAUACGAGGGUCAAAGUGGCUCUAAGGAAUGGUGUGAAGAGUGGCGCCUUGAAGCAGACCAAAGGUGUGGGUGCCCAAGGCAGAUUUAGUCUGGGCGAGAAAAAGGCGGCCGCCAAGAAACCUCCAGCGGCUAAAAAACCCAAAUCUCCCGCCAAGAAACCCAAGGUGAAGAAACCCAAAGCAGCCAAAAAACCGGCAGCAAAGAAGCCGAAGAAAGCUUCCUCACCGAAGAAGGCGAAAGUAGCCAAACCAAAGGCCUCCAAGCCCAAACCGGCCAAGAAGUCGCCCAAGAAGACCAAGGCAGCCAAGCCCAAAAAGGCCAAGUCUCCCAAGAAAACCGGAGCCAAAAAAGGCAGCAAGAAGUGAGAGAUUCUGAAAGACCCCCCGGGACAGCUCAGUUAAAACAAACAGCCCUUAUCAGGGCUAACAAUUCUUUUGAAAAGACGCCUCUGUGUACAACACUUGAGAAACGGGUGACUUGUCUGUUGUACACAUUUUGUUACCGAGCUUCAAUGUAUACAUAGUUACAUUGAUUCCGGAAGAGUAUGGUACAAGUCACGGUAGGUUUGAGAACUGAUCUAUCUGUAAUACACAGGAAUUAAUCCGAGCGGAUGCGCCGGCGCUAGAUCCACCACUGCAUUUUAUCAGGACUCCGAAGUACGUUGCAUGUCGCGGUAACUCUAAAUAAUGGACUUGUUACAAAAAUUACGAAUAUAUGUGCAUUCUUGCCUGGUAGGAUUAAUAAAAUAUUUUUAAUUCA